AUGGCCAUGACGACGAUACGUCCGGCAGCCAGCCAUUCGACCUUCACUCUCUCCGUUCCCACCCGAGUCAACAAUCGUGAAGCUGUGAAGGUGUCCGGAGUUGAUUAUGGCUCGUUGCGUAAGCAGAACGUAGUCGACGGCCGAUCAGAUGCUAACAAACAGAAUAGCAAGGCGAACAGACUCGAGUUCUAUACACAAACUGCCGAUGGAUUGGCACUGCAACACCAGAAAUCCAUCUAUGGCAAGGUCACAAUGCUCCAGAAGCUGCGCCCAGCCCUAUCACCGACCGACCACCUCUUCGUUGGGACAGAUCGGUUCAUGUACUUUACGCUGUCCUGGAACGCCGAGAAGAAGCAGCUUCAGACGGAGAAAUCGUUUGACAGCGUAGCCGAUAAUGCCGCACGAGAAUCACAAACGGGAGAGAGGUGCCAUGUGGAUCCGAGUGGACGAUUCAUGACCGUGGAAGUGUAUGAGGGCAUAAUCACAGUUAUUCCACUGGUACAAAGGGGGAAGAAGAGAAAGCAGGAACCGGACAUUGCCCAUCUCGGUGAGCCCCAGCCCGUAAGGCUGCCGGAAAUGUUCGUUCGCUCCUCUGCCUUCCUACGACCAAAAGCUUUUGACGACAAACCCAAGAUCGCGCUGCUAUUCGAAGACACACAUUCCCAGGUCAAGCUGAGGUUGCGCGAGAUCCUAUUCGCAGGCGGGGAUUCAGUCGAGCUCGAAGACGGCGAGGCCUGCCGAGCAGAGCUGGAACUGGGCGCUAGCCACUUGAUCCCGAUCGAGGCACCCUCACACGGCCUGAUCGUGAUUGGAGAGACAUCGAUUGCUUACUACGAUGAAGAGAGCAACGAUUUGCAGACUGAACCUCUAGAUGAAGCAACUAUUUUCGUAGCCUGGGAGCGCAUAGAUGCACAACGCUUUGUGCUAGCAGACGACUAUGGCCGGUUAUACCUCUUCAUGCUUAUACUCGAUGAGAAGAAGAAAGUGCAGUCCUGGAAACUGGAUAUCAUUGGCCAGACUUCUCGAGCUUCGGUGCUUGUGUACCUCGAUGCUGGAUACGUCUUUGUCGGCUCACAUCAAGGCGAUUCGCAAGUCAUCAGGAUCACGGAGCAAUCGAUGGAGAUUGUGCAAACGUUCGCAAACAUUGCACCUGUACUAGACUUCACCAUCAUGGACAUGGGUAAUCGUUCUGGCGAAGGUCAAACGAACGAGUACUCCUCCGGCCAGGCCCGCAUUGUCACAGGAAGUGGCGCUUACCAGGACGGAAGUCUUCGAAGCGUGAGAAGCGGCGUUGGCUUAGAAGACCUUGGUGUUCUAGGCGAGAUGGAGCACAUCUCUGACCUGUUUGGGCUGAAGUCGAACGCGUCUGCAGAGUAUGCGGAUACCCUCUUAGUGACCUUUGUCAACGAGACCAGAAUCUUCCGCUUCGAUCCUCAAGGUGAAGUUGAAGAAGUAGACGAGUUUGCUUCUGUGGCCCUGGAUGAAACCACGCUAGCUGCAGCAAACAUCUCGCAAGGACGAGUUGUUCAAGUCACAGGUGGUCGAGUUCGCGUAUCCGAUCUUGACGGUGGCAUGAUCACAUCCGAGUGGGUACCACCUAGCGGCGAGACGAUCACGGCUGCAUCGGUUAACGACAGUCAUGUUUUGCUUUCGCUCGGGGGUGUCUCAGUCAUCACUCUCAACAUGGACGGCUUGAAAGUGCUUACAGAGAAGAAGUUUGGUGUCGAAAGUCAGGUCGCAUGCAUUGCGCUGCCAUCUACAUCAAGCUCAAUGUGCUUCAUUGGGUUCUGGAAGAAUUCUCAGUUAGCGAUUUGCUCACUCGACACCUUGGAAGCUGUCAAGACAGUACAGGUAUCGGAAGACUCAGUUCCGCGCUCAUUGUUACUUACCCAGAUCUUCCCAGACCAGCCGCCAACACUAUUUGCUGCGAUGGCAGAUGGCAAUGUGGUGACCUACUCAUUUGAUACAUCAAAUGGAGAGCUAUCUGGAAGAAAGAGCAUCGUUCUCGGUACUCGUGAAGCCACCUUCCGCGCGCUACCAAGAGGCAAUGGCCUUUUCAACGUCUUUGCGACUUGCGAACAUCCAUCUCUCAUCUAUGCUUCAGAAGGUCGCCUUGUCUACUCUGCCGUCACAGCAGAGAACGCCACAACGGUUUGUCCAUUUGAUUCUGAAGCAUACCCGGGCUCGGUAGCCAUUGCUACUUCGGAUGACCUCCGCAUAGCGCUCGUAGACACCGAACGGACAACGCACGUGCAGACUCUGAAGGUCGAUGAGACUGUUCGACGGAUAGCUUACUCCCCAGGCCUGAAGGCGUUCGGUCUCGGCACGGUCAAGCGCAUACUAAAGGCCGGCGAGGAAAUCAUGCUAAGUCACUUCAAGCUGGUGGAUGAGAUACAGUUCAAGGAGCUCGAUACAUAUGCUCUCAACGAAGAGGAGCUUGUGGAAUGCGUCAUGCGCUGUGACCUGGCGGACGGCUCCGGUGGCACCGCUGAGCGCUUCGUUAUCGGCACAGCAUACCUGGACGACCAAAACUCUACUGUAGAACGAGGACGCAUCCUCAUACUGGAAGUCACACCCGAACGCGUCCUCAAACUCGUUACGGAAAUUGCAGUCAAAGGCGGCUGCAGAUGUCUCGCCAUGUGCGAGGGCAAGAUCGUUGCGGCGCUCAUCAAGACCAUCGUAGUGUACGACAUCGAGUACAGAACGCAAAGCAAGCCCGAUCUCGUCAAAGCAGCGACGUUCCGAUGCUCAACUGCCCCAAUCGACAUCACGGUCAACGGUACGCAGAUAGCAAUCGCAGAUCUGAUGAAGUCCAUGGUCGUGGUGGAAUAUCAGCGCGGCGAGACUGGCCUGCCUGAUAAGCUCGUUGAAGUAGCGCGCCAUUUCCAAGUGACUUGGGCCACCGCUGUGGCAGAAGUCGACGAGAACACAUACCUUGAGAGCGAUGCGGAAGGCAAUCUCCUCGUGCUAUAUCGCGACCCCAAGGGCGUUACGGAUGAUGACAAGAGGAGGUUGAAUGUCUCGAGCGAGAUGCUUCUGGGCGAGAUGGUCAACAGGAUACGCAGGAUAGAUGUCGCGACGGCGCCGGACGCGGUGGUCGUUCCUCGCGCGUUCAUGGGCACAGUCGAAGGCUCAAUAUACCUCUUCGCACUAAUCUCACAGAACUACCUUGACCUCCUCAUCACACUACAAUCAAACCUAGGCAACCUCGUCGUCUCACCAGGAAAUAUGGAUUUCGCCAAAUUCCGCGCCUUCAAGAACCAAGUCAGGACAGAAGAGGAGCCGAAUCGAUUUGUCGAUGGAGAGCUGAUUGAGCGCUUCUUGGACUGCGAAGAAGAUGUGCAGAGGAAGGCUAUUGAAGGAUUAGGCGUGGAGUUGGAGGACAUUAGGAGUCUGGUGGAGGGAUUGAGGAGGUUGCAUUAA